GAUCCUCAUGUUCUUCGGCAAUGUUCGGUGAUUCGUAUUCGCCCUCAUCGCUCGCUCUUUCCAAGUGGCCUACCUCUCCCUCCCCGAAUCCCCGAAUCAUUCUUCUCCAUCUCGGUUGCAUUAGGUCCCCAGCCGGACUCCUCUUCCUCCGAUCAAUCGAACAAUCAAUCGACUCCUCCUGCCCCAACCUGUGUCUCGAUCCUCUCCUGAGUUGGUUUCGUGAAUCUCGCCUUAUAUCUGCUUGUGAUCGUCGUCUUCCUUGGAUAGAUCAGGAGUUGCAGGAACUUCGUCGAUCCAGUUUCGUGCGGGAGUUCUGUGGGUUUUGUGCACGAUGGCGUCGUCGUCGGUUGUGAAGCUAGCACAGACGGCUUCCGCCUCACGGAUCGUAGCAGGGUCGUCAUUCUCCGAGAGGGGUUCAGGUUGUGGGAAUUUGAAGUGUCCCGGAUCAGUGACUUUGAAGCCACUUCCGAUCACCAAGCUGUUUUUGGAGCAAUCGAGUUGCUUGAGGGGGCAUGUAUCCCGCUGCAGGGCGGUCGUGGUGACGGCCAUCAAGGACCCGGCGGAGCAGGACAGCUUGAAGCGAGCAGUGGCGAGGAAAGCCGUGGAACUCGUGCAGCCGGGAAUGGUGGUGGGGUUGGGCACUGGCAGCACCUCGUCCAUGGCCAUCGAGGAGCUCGGGAAACUUGCUCAGAAUAAGCUCAAGGAUGUGCAGUUUGUGGCCACCAGCUACCAGUCGCGCGUCUUGUCUCGCCAGUUUGGCGUCAAGACGAUGGACUUGAACGACGUGAAUCACAUUGACAUUGCCUUCGAUGGCGCUGACGAGGUGGAUUCCAACAUGAACUUAAUCAAGGGCGGUGGGGCAGCGCAUACGAUGGAGAAGGUGGUGGACUCCAUAGCCAAGCACUGCGUCAUCCUCGUCGACGAAACUAAAGUAGUCAAGACUCUGGGCCUCACUUUUCCCGUCCCGGUGGAGGUUCUGCCCUUCGCUCUUGCGCCAGUGCUGCGUGCAUUGGCCGCUUUGGGAGGGCAGCCGGAGAUUCGCACCGCCCUUCGCAAAGACGGCCCCGUCAUGUCCGACCUUGGUAACAUGAUUGUGGACGUGAGGUUUCCCGACGGCGUGAAGAACCCGGCAGAAUUGGAGAGGAAGAUCAAUAUGAUUCCUGGAGUGGUGGAGAACGGCCUCUUCGUCAACGUUGCGCACACGGUGCUGGUGGGCACCAAGGAUGGCGAGGAAACCUCUGUCGUGACAUUCGCCGAUUUUGUGCAGACUUUGAGGAAUUCAGAGCUAGAGGUGUCAUCUUAAUACUGCGUCCAAAUCCUGCGAACAUGUGUUAAGUUUUUGGCACGCUGGAGAAUCUAUGUGCAGCGUCUGUCGUUCCGCGUCCUACUAUCACACACAAUGUAACUUAGAAUUUUUCGGAUGCUCCACACCUCCUGCAGCGCCAUCAUUACGAUCCUCCAAUCCAGGACAGCGCUUAGUGAUAAAAACAAAGUUGACUUGUAGCGUAGGUCUUUCAAGUCUUUCUGCGCAGUUGCUUCCACCACCCUAUCUGCGUAAAGAGCGCUUUUCUGUGAAGAAAACGACGAUAAAGAUUAGAAAUGAAAUGCAUACGACUCUUAUCCGCCUUUGUCGAAGUGCUUUAAAGUUUCA